GCAGAAAAGGCAGAAGAAGGUGACCAAAAACCAACUCCUGUUCAGGGUAGUAACCAUUGCGAGAAGGAAAACGCGUCGUUCGGAUCUAACUCUUCGUUUCGAGAAAGAAACAGUUACGAAAAUGACAGAAGUAGCGGUUUUGGCGGAAGAGGUGGCUUCCGCGGUGCCGGGCGAAUGGGAGGACGUGGCUUCGACCGAGAUACACCGAGAGACAACUACAGAGACCGAGACAGUCGUGAUGGGUUUCGCGGGCGUGGUGGAUAUGGAGGAGCCGGUCGUGACUCGCGCAUUCAUGAGGGUCGCGGAGGGUCUUAUGGUAACAGAGCGUAG